ACUAAAUUACAGUAAGUGUAAAACGUGUACACUGUAUGUGCUGGAUUUGGCCCUGCCCUGCCCAUCUUCUGUGAUCAAAAUUAAGUCUAAAAUCUCAAAAUGGUCUUGGAUCUGGAACUUUUCCGUGCAGACAAAGGUGGGAAUCCUGAGAAGAUCAAGGAAAGCCAGGCAAAACGAUUUAAAGAUGCGACACUGGUCGAUAAAGUUGUGGAAGCUGACACAGAAUGGCGAAAAUUACGCUAUCAAGCAGACAAUCUGAACAAGUUGAAAAACCUGUGCAGCAAAAUGAUUGGAGAAAAAAUGAAGAAAAAGGAGCCAGUGGGAGAUGAGAGUCAACCAGUACCUGAGGCAAUUUCUGCCCAACUAGAUGACCUCACUCGGGAGAUAUUAGAAUCACAUUCACUUUCUGUAGCACAGCUGAAGAAGGUUAGACAGCUUGUUGAUGAUGGUAUUGUCAAGAAUGACAAUGAGAGGAGCGAAUGUGAAGCUAAGAGGAAAGCCAGUCUGUGGGACAUCGGCAAUAUGCUUCAUGAAUCUGUGCGUGUCAGCAAUGAUGAGGAUGAGAAUACUAUUGAGAGGACGUUUGGCGACUGUUCACUUCGCAAGCAAUACUCCCAUGUUGAUCUUAUUCACAUGAUUGAUGGCAUAGAAGCAGAGAGGGGGACAGUGGUUGCUGGUAACAGGGGGUACUUCCUCAAGGGAGCAGCUGUGUUCUUGUCAUUAGCUGUUCAACAACACGCACUUCGUAUCCUAACUUCCAGAGGAUAUACUCCCCUCUAUACACCAUACUUCAUGCGCAAAGAAGUCAUGCAAGAGGUUGCCCAACUUAGCCAAUUUGAUGAUGAAUUGUAUAAGGUGUUGGGAAAGGGCAGUGAGAAGGCAGAGGAGAACACAAUUGAAGAGAAAUAUUUAAUAGCCACUUCAGAGCAGCCUAUUGCAGCAUUCCAUAGAAAUGAAUGGAUGUCACCGUCAGACCUUCCUAAGAAGUAUGCAGGGUUUUCAACUUGUUUCAGGCAGGAGGUCGGGUCACAUGGCCGAGACACAAGAGGCAUCUUUAGAGUUCAUCAGUUUGAAAAGAUUGAACAGUUCUGCUUUGCCUCACCGAAAGAUAACAUCUCUUGGGAGCUGUUUGAUGAGAUGAUGCGUAAUGCAGAAGACUUCUGUCAAUCUCUUGGUAUUCCAUACAGGAUAGUAGGAAUAGUUUCAGGAGCCCUGAACAAUGCGGCAGCGAAGAAACUUGAUUUAGAGGCAUGGUUUGCAGGAUCAGGUGCAUUCAGAGAGCUUGUAUCAUGUUCAAACUGUACUGAUUACCAAGCUAGGAGGUUACUUGUACGAUAUGGACAGACAAAGAAAAUGAACACCAGUGCAGAGUAUGUACACAUGUUGAAUGCUACUAUGUGUGCUAGUACACGAGUGGUGUGUGCUAUCUUAGAGAACAACCAAACUGAGUCUGGUAUCGUGGUUCCAGAAGCUAUCCGAGAAUUCAUGCCUCCAGAGUUCAAAGAAUUCAUCAAGUUUACCAAACCAUCACCAAUCGAUGAGCAACAAACUAAGAAAGAGAAGAAACAGAAAGAAGGAGGAAAGAAGAAGGGUAAAUCACAGGAGAGUGGAGAUGCAGCAGCAAAAACACAAGAUGGUAUUGCAAAAGGAAUUGAAAAAAUGGCCGUAGAUAAAUGAUGUCUGCAGAUGGAUUGCUAAUGGAUCCAAACAUUGUUAAUCUAUUCUCUUUGUGAUGCAAUGGGAAUGUCAAGCUUAGGAUGAAUAUGUUAUCAGAACAUAUUUCUUGCAAACUCAUCAUUUUCUGCCUAAAAUAGCCUUAUAUGAACUUUUCUUCUUUGUUGUAAAAUUGUUUAUUUUAUGAUUUUUUUUCAAUGUAUUAUCAUGUAAAGAAUGUGUUGCAUUAGAUUGCUUUUUUUCUUUGCUAUUUUCUCCUCUUUUAUACACUCCAAUGUUUCACUUCCCAGUUCCAUCUUUCUUAUGGGCUCUCUCAUUUUCCCUCUAUUCUCAUUCAUUACUGUAGAUCAAAUCUUGAUUGGUAGACUUUCUCUUUAUUUUAUUUAUGUUCAGUAAUUCAUAAACAAACCAUUGCAGCAAAGACAAAGCCGUUGAAUGUUUAAGUAUGCUGACAGUUCACACAUUCAAGUGGGCUGUAAUGAAUUUGGAGAACAAGAAUUAGAUGAAACACUUAAAGGGAAACUAUUUUUCAGGUACUUCCUUGUCAUUUUUAAAGGUAUAAAUAUCAAUUAGCAACAUAUUAAAAACCUGAUUGAAGCUUGUAGAGUUACGAGAAUGUACCCUAUUGACCGGAUACAUAGACUAUCAUAGCCAUUUUCUUGCAACAUUCACAUCAGAAAAAUAAAACUGUCAAGACUUCUCCUCACUAGUUAAAACAGUUGAAUUCAAAUAUCAGCUAGACAAAUGUCCACACUGGAAUGUGUGUCUCAUGUAUACUGUUAACUUAUACUGUCCUAAGACAUGCUGCACUCAAACACAACAGACUUUUUUUGUAUAUGACGGUACAGCUGUUAGAGUUCAGCUUGUUGAUGAAUAAAUACUUAUCAAAUUAAAAAGGAAUGUACUAAUUUUAUGCCUUUUUUGGGGGUGAGAGCUUAGUACUUGAUAAUACUCUUGAUACACUUCUUGGUUUGGGUUACAUUAGAUUUUAGGCAUGCAUAAGGUUUAGACAUAGCUAGCAUUAUAGUCUUUUCAAUAAGAUUUGUUGUGGAGGCUGCUUACAUACAAAAGGAAAACAACUAGGUAUGUUUAUCCCUUCUUUUCUUGAAUUUAUCUGGAAUUCAUGGCCUGAAGUAGAGCUCUACUGCUCUGCAGUGGUCAUCAGAAAGAUUUCAGACCUUUAUCACUGCAAUUGACCUUCCAUGUCUUAUUUCUUUGUAUUCAUGUUAUCUUUAUUUCCUUCUUGAUGACAUCUAUAAAUUUGCAAUCACUUUUAAAGAAAGUCAAAUCAUUCAUUGAAUCCAUCUCUUUCUCCCAUAUCUCUCUUACUAUAUUCUACAGUGUUUUUUUUCUGAAUAGGUUUUAUAACUACAUAUUUCUUGACUUUUUCUUUUGUUUUCGUUCUUGGAAAGGGCGCUUAUUAUUUUUUUCAGCAAAAUUGCUAGUCAAUUCUUAUGAUUGUAGUUAGAAUCUCUCCAUGUUGCCAUAGAAGGAAAUACAUCAUAAUAUUGAGGAAACUUUGAUGAUGUUAUAUCUAUUGUUAAUGGCUUUGAGUCAAAGAUAUUUUUUGUAAUUAUAGCUGUCCUGUUUGACAUGGCAAGAAGUUUAUAUAUAAUUGUAAGUAAGGAAAUCAUAGACAGGAUGUAUUGAAAGAUGUAUGGAAAUUCAUGGGCUUCUUUUGAUGCUGAAGACAAUUUUAUAGCUUACAGUUACCAUGCAUGGUAAUGAUUCCCUGGAAUCACUAUAUUUUUUGGGGGGGGCGGAGGGAUAGUUGUCUUUAAUUUUUUUCUCCUUGUGACUUGACUUAACAACAUUGUAAAUCAGAUAUAACUAUCAAAAUAACAUCAUCUUUAACUACCAAUACCCUGUUUAUAGUGCAGAGUCGGGCGGUACUUGGCCUCCCUAUUUGGUGCGUUUACAUUGCAAGCUUGUCUCAAGAUACAUUGGAACCUUUCAAUAUUUUGUUAUAGUGGCACUCUACAUGUAAACAAAAAAAUUAUUUGGUGGAGUGUCGGGGUCAAAUUGCAGUGCCAGGUGGAGUUGCAUUUGGGUCUGCACCCUUUUUGAGGGAAAAAUGGCCAGCUGAGCACUAGCAAAAACAAUGUCCAGAGCUUGGCCAAAUAUGCAGCUGCUUUUGAAUCUGCAUUUGGCCUUUUGAACAUUAACAGCUGCCUAUUUUCACUGUACAUUUUAGCCAUACUGUGCAAUUAAGUAAAUGUUCUCUAGAAAUUAUGUAAUAUAGUCCAGUUGCAUGAUGAAAGCAGGCUGAUCACCCAGUGUGUAGAAAAGAUUUUACAUUACACAUAUCAAUGUCAAGUUCAGUGUUGGUGUUAAGGUGAUACAGCAGCAACAACACCUUACUUGAAAUAAAGCUUGUGCCUGGAUUGAUAUCAUGUUGUGUGGCUAUCAAUGAUGUAAUUGGUAUCAUUUUUGUAAUCCCACAUCUGAUGGAGAUUAGGCAGAAUAUGGACCUAUAAGAGAUGUACACUCAUUGAAUAGUUAAUGAAUUCACUAGCAUGUGACCGUCAUUGUGCUUUAAGUAACAUUGAUAUUGCACAAACUGUACGCGCAGAAGAGGAUAAAUCACUUAAAUCCUGAAAAAUUGAUGUGGUUUUGGUUCUGGUUUACCUUUGGCAAUCUUCGUUCCAUGUGUUUUAUUUGGAAAAUGUAUGCAUAUUUCAAAAAAGAGGCAAAAAAGUGAUAGUCUAUUGUUUCUCCUCCUAAUAUUCCAGAGAUACAUGGCUGUACAGAGUGUUUAUCCCUUAAUGUUAUUGAGGUUAUUAUGUGCAUGCAGAAGUGUGCGGAUCAAAUAAUAACAUAUUUCAUGUCACAAAAUCAUCUGCUUCUUAAUUUUACUGCUUCAAAUCUAAGCAUGUUGAUUGAAAAACAUUUUCUAACACAGGGCAUCAGCCAACAAAACCAAAACCUGGAGAGCUGUGCCUUUGUAAAUGAUAAGAUACGCCAUGGUAGUUGCUGUUGUCAAAACACCUGAAUGUUCUCAUUAAGAUGCACGUAAUCAUUAGGCUGCGGAUCCCGUUCGAUCAAAGAAAUUAUAGCGUUAUAUGUCAAUAUCUAAUACGUCCAUGGGCUAACUAAUUCAACCCUGAACACCAACACCUAUAGUGUUCUUAAAAUUGCCGUAGUCUGUGAGAUUCAAUUGUUUAAGUUUCUUUAUAAAAAGGAUAGUGGAAAGACACCUUUUCAAAGGGUUUUUAGAACAAUUAUACCAUUGAGCUGUAGGCCUAUAUUUAGGAAUGUAAAGAAUAAUAUGUGUAAGUCUGAGGAAAUUUUCAUUUGGAAGGUUGUGAUGCUUUGCCCAAGAUUGUUUAGUCACUGAUUCCAAACGAUUACUUAUAUAUUUUUGUCUGUAUGUCCAUGGGCCAUGCAGAUAGGGAUGCCUUAGCAAUAUGAGCUAGCUAUACCAGUAGACCCUAUGACAAUACUGUUAAUUGUAUAUUCUCCUUCAAAUAUCAAAGACUCAUUUUACAGGGAUGAAAUAGAUUAAGUAACAAUGGUAAUGAUAAAUGUCCUUAGUUUGAAUCAAUGCAGUUUCUGUUGAUGUCUACAUGUACUUAUUUUUUCAAAAACAAACGCGACAUUCUUCUUAAACUUGUAACUAUGAUUGUCAAUUUGAACUAAAAAUCAUUAGCAUAGAAUGUGAAAGUAGUAUAGAAGAAAAGUCUUGCUUAAUCUUUGAUAUGACUUUUGACCCUAGGUCAGAUGCACUGGGUGAGAUAUGAUUAUCUGAGAAAGUCUGAAGUAUACCCAUGUUUGAAAAGAAAAAUAAGAUUUUUAAUAAAAUGUCAACAUUGCUCCUGUAAACUAUUUUUCAAUAGUUAAUUUCCAACAUAUGAAGAAUUUCAUGAUAUGUUAUAUUUCUGUUAUGUCUGCCUAUGUCUCUUUAUGCGAGAUGUAUGUAUUAUAUUAAAUUAAUCAU